AACAACAGCAACAACAAUAAUGAAAUUCGCAAUUCUUGCUGUAGUCGUCGCAAUGGUAGCCCUUUCCGAAGGGUACAUCAGCGCUGGAUUUGGUGUUGGGUAUCCAGCUUACGGUUAUGUAGGUUAUCCACAUCGCAAGAGAUCCACCAGUUCCAGUUCCACCUACGACUACACCAAUUCAAAUGGUGACCAAUGUGUAUGCACCGUACCCGUUGUUGCUCCUGAACCACAGGUUGAACCUGUCCCUGAACCUGCCCCUGCUCCAAUUGGAUGUGGUGAUAUUGAUGUGGGUACACUCGCUUCUCGCAAGGGACGUACAGUAAGGUACCGCGGUUAAAUAAAUAAUGUUGUUGGUUAUUAAUUAAAUAUAUAAAAAGUAUUCUUAAAAUAUUA